AUCUUUUCGCCCCAUCUUUCAACAAGAUGGUUUAUGAAGCUCUGUCCUUAACCAUCCCUUUGUUUUCAAAUUUAACCUCCAAUAAUACUAAAAGAGCUAGUAAGUACUAUGAUCGUUGUCGUUCAACUCAUAGAAUUCGAUGCUCGAGUUCAAGUGCAGAUUUGCCUAUCACUGUUGAUAAACUUGAAAGUGAUCAUUCCCUGACUGGUUCUGCUUAUGACUUUGAAAGAGCUACCACAUCACUUACUCGUAAGUCCUUAUCGACCUCAAAGAUGGUAACACUUGUAAGGCAUGGCCUCAGCUCUUGGAAUGAAGAGGGCAGAGUUCAGGGAAGCUCAAACUUAUCUGUUCUAACAGAAACUGGAGUGAAGCAAGCUGAGAGAUGUAGGCAAGCCCUUGCAAAUAUGCACUUUGAUCAAUGUUUUUCGAGUCCAAUAUCCCGCGCUAAGACCACUGCUGAAGUGUUAUGGAAAGGGAGAGAAGAGCCAUUGGUUUUCCUUGAUUCACUGAAGGAGGCCCACCUUUUUUUCCUUGAAGGCAUGAAAAAUGUGGAUGCUAGGGUGAUAUAUCCAAAGGAGUAUGUAACAUGGAGAGAGGAUCCUGCGAAUUUCUACGUGAAAGGUGUCUACCCUGUUCGGAAAUUAUGGGCAACUGCUAGAGAGGCUUGGAGAGAAAUCUUGCUCACACCUGUAGAAAAUUUUCUAGUUGUCACUCACAAAUCAAUGUUAAGGGCACUGAUCUGCACAGCCUUAGGGCUAGCCCCUGAGAGGUUUCGGUCAGUUGAUGUGAAUAAUGGUGGUAUAUCCACAUUUAAAUUCAACAAAAGAGGAGAAGCAAUGCUCCAGUCUUUGAAUAUGACCGCCCACAUGUAUAGCGAUCACGUUUAUAUUUCCUGAAACUGCUUGAAGUGAUAGCUGUUAAUAGUGAGAAAAGAGACAAACUAUUUUGCUGUGACAGUUCACAAGAACAUAUAUCAGACACAGUUCCAUAAUAAUGACAGACUCUUGACGAGUAGAGCAAAGGCUCAUUGUUUUCACUUUUGACUUAACCUGGUUGAUUCUAGUAAAAGGUUUCUCUGAGUUCACUUGUUGUCCAAAUCAAAUUGUAGUGAGCUCAUGUUUGAU